AUGCCCCCCAAGGGGAAGCGUAAGUACGUAGAUGAUGACGACCAGCAGCCGCAGCUGAUAUGCGGCCCCGCCGCCACCGCGGGCCCCAUCGCCGUUCAGAAGGGCGCUGGGAAGGGCACCUACCAGAUCGGCCCGAAGCAGGAGUUCGGAGUCCCGCCCUCGGCCGCCGACGGGAAACCUCCCAAGAAGAAGCCCAGGAUCGGCUGCGGCAUCUGUGGCGAGAAGAAUGACGACAUGGCCACUGCGUGUAAGUGCGGGAAGUGCUCUGGGACGCACAAGUUCGCGUUCCCCUUCUGGGACUGGGACACGCUGACUGACCAGUACCACAGCAACGAGAAAGUCAAGGCUGGCUUUGACAAUGCGCAUCAAAUUCUGCAGAAACAGGGCGGCGUGAAACCAGAGAUGGAGACCCAAGAAACAGUGGGGGAGAAGUCUGGCCUUUUCGAGGACACGAUCUGGUCGUUCCGUUGCCUGAAGGAGAGCGACGUUGUCGACAUCUACAAAAAGCAGCCGAGCGAGAUCGACAUGAAGCCGACAAGCGUGGUGGACCAGAGCGGCGCCCUAAGGAACCUCUAUGUACAGGUGAACCCUGAGCAGCCGCACACCGUCGUGAACAUCUACCGCCGCAGGGAGCUCAACCAUUCCAUGUUGGCGAUGCCUGCAUCCAAGAAGCUGUUCCCCCAGCAGGGCUCUAUGCAGAUGCAGUCCAUGGUUGAGAACCGUUGCAUGGACCUGAAGGCCUUCUUCAACGCGCCUACUCACGAGAGUAUCCUGACUGGGAUGCAGGACAAGGCGACGGCUGAGGAGAUCCAGGCGAGAAACGAGGCCCUCAAGGCCAGGAGUUCGGGUUCGGCGCCGUCGGGUUCGCAGCUGUCGGCGCCCACUUUGGAACCGUUGGCGGCCCAGGCCGCUGCGCCUGCGGUUGCAGCGCCGACGGAGGCGGCGAGCGGGGCCAAUAUGGGCUCCAUGGGCCCGCCAGCCACGACGCCUGUGAAGAUGAACGCGUCUCUCCUGUCGCAGCUCGACGCCGCCGCCUCGCCUGGUUCUGGUUCUGCGGUGCCGCUGUCGAGGUCGGGGGCGAUGUCCGUGGUUUCCUCCGACAAGGCCAGCAGCUUCGAGGAUGGCGAGGGCGCGGAGAGCUCGGGCGAGACGGACGAAGAGACGAAGCAGACGAAGCUCGGUUGGACCAAGCUCAGGCACAAUUGCAAGAUCCACAAGCUGCUGGCGGGGAAGAAGCUGGGUCACACGGUGCGCCAGCUCAGGGACAACGUGACCAAGUUUAAGGAUGAUCCAGACCACAGUGUGGCUUCGCAGUGGUUGGACCUAGCAGAGAAGUGCAAGACUGCUGGCGACCAGAAGGCGAAGGCCAUCAAGACGAUGAACGGAGAAGAUUUGGCGCAGCUCGCAGACGACAUCGACAAGGACGUCUCCAGAGUCCCCGUGGUGUUCCAGCGCGCGCUGUGGGAGAGGGCGCUGGAGGAUUGGAAGAGCGACCAGGAUUGGGCAUCCAAGCCAGGAGUUGCGAUCUCUAUGUGCUUGCCGUGGCAUCGCGAGGUCGGAGACGUUGACGAUGUCACUAAGUUCGUGUGCAAGGCCCCGACUCUAUCUUUGAUGAGCGUGCAAGUUGGGGAGAAGGCAUCGGAAUUCAAGGACUACAUUUGCAAGAUCCUCUUGCCGCGCUUCUUGAACCUCGGGAAGAACGGGCACCAGAAGACCCUCGACUUCGUUACCGCGGCGAUGGGCGAAAUCAAGGCGAUGCCUAUGACCUGCGAGGCAGAAAUCGAUAACGCCGCUGCAGAGGUCGUGACGAUAUUGCAGCUGAUGAAUACGCUUGGGGGGCUGACCGAAGAUACGCUAAACCUGGCGGCAGUGGAGCAGCUGGGCAAAGCUAAAGCCACUACGGUCGAGGGCUCCGUCUACGGCGUCUUGUCGAAUGAGCCCUACUGGAAGGUGAAGCUGAAGGACUACUUGAAGUACUCUCCCCAGGUGAAGCUGUGGCGCCCUGCCAUGGCUAAGCAUUCGGCAGCCCUGCAGUCCGAGGAGCCGCCGACUUUCCAGACCCUCAGUGGCAUCAUCAAGGACCUGCCCAUCAUCAAAAGCGCGCUGCCUGAGGUGGAGUACAGCUCCUUCUUCCAGGUGUCGCGCGGUGCCCUGGGCCGCUUCUUCCAGCACUUCGCUGCCCAUGUGAAGGAUAACCCGCACGAGGCAACCGACGAGUUCAGUCAUAAUGUGGAGACUCUCUCACAGAAGGCGACUUCCAUCUUCGGCUUUCACCCGGCCUGGAAUGACGCAGUGGUUUCGAUCAAUUCUUUCAGAUCUCAGAAUAAUGGGAAGAACCUCGUGGAGAAUUUCUGCAAUAAGCUCGGAACGUUCAACUUGGAGAUGCUCGUAUAUGCAGUGGCUCAGUUCGACAAGAUCGAGGGCCUGAAGGACCUGGCGCCAGAGGCGUCCAUGCAGAAGCUCGUCUCUUUCUCGAAACAGGCAGUGGAGUUGGUCACGAAGCAGCGGAGCAACACCCUCGAGGUCUCCAGCGAUCCGCUGUUCGAUGCUUCGCUCAGGUGGGUUUUGAAAGCAAGCGAAUGGUUGCAGUGGUCAUGCGUCAUUCCCGAUGGGUCUGGUUUCAAGUCCUUCGAGCAGUUACUCAGCAGAGCGAAGUUGGCAAAAUCCUUGGCGGGGGCAAUGACGACCAUCCUUCCGCAAGACGCCGACACCGUCUUCCUUGACGACGACGCCGCCGCUGCAGCCGAUCACUCAGUGGGCGCUUUCCUGGGCCUGCUGAGUCAGUACGAGGGCGUGCAGGAUAAGAGCCCCCACUGCGAGGCGGCUAUCGUGAAGGGUUCGUUCAUGGAGUCGAUUACACCAGAGACGGCGGCACUCAAGCAGCUGCUGUUCAGUGCGAAACGGGCCGCGACGGAGAAGAAGCUCAUGACGGAGAACGAGAGCGUGCCGCUGAGCAAGCUCAAGGCUGGGGCUUUGGAUAAGGACUGGCGCGACGGGAUCAGCCCAUCGAUUGCAUUCGAUUGCUUGCUGGAGAGCUCGAAAGACUUCCUGAAUAACAUGCCCUACGACCUCCUCAAGGCCGAGGUCGAAUCGAAGAUCCAGCUGAAAAACGAUUUCGAGACUCUCUCUACUAAGUUCGACAUCGAAGUGACAGCCAGCGACGGUGUGACCUCAGCCCUGGCAGACCUGCAACGAGCUGCAGCGACGGUGCUCGAGUACGCAGUGCUUUACGGAGCGAGCAAGAUCAGGAGCAACGCAGUGGUUCUGAAGAAGUACUUGCUGAAAGUGCAGACGGACAAAGACAGCUGGGGGGUGGACAAACUUUUCGAGCCAGUGCAGCUCGCCCUAGACAAGGGCAUCGCUAUGCAGAGCAUUAUGUGA